AUGGCGACGAACAACCGCUGGCAGCUCCAGGGUGAGCAGGCUGGCCCGAAGCGUUCGGCCACCGUGUCGGUAUCGGAGUUCAAUGACGAGUUGGAUGAUUUGGAGAAGAGCGAGACGCUGGUCGUCGGUACAACAAACUUGUAUGUGAAUGGGCAGUUGAGGUUGAUUCCUAUGCCCACGCCCGACCCCAAGGUUGGUGCCCUCGCCCUGUCAGCGGAAGUUGUCAUUGGCGGUCUUCUCCCCGUCUUCAUCCUCGAGUACUCGGGCGUCGACCCGCACAUCCUCAACAACAUUGACUUCAAAUCCCAGAGCGGCGGCAGCGGCCUCAACAUCAACCCUUUGUCCGUCGUCCCCCCGGGUGUGAAGCCUGCCUCGCUCGAGGAGGUCAGUCUGUUGGCCACGAUACCUCUCCUGGCGAACGGCAUCGCGAGCUACUUCCUCGUCCCAACCUCCAUCUGGAUCGGCCGUCGUCCCGUCCUCAUCUUCGCCGCGACGAGCGCAUGGGCUGGCGGGCUCUUUGCUGCCUUCAGCACAAGCCUCCAUCAGCACUUGGCUGCGAGAGUGGUCAUGGGCUUGGGGGCCGGCGCGGUGGAGGCACUGAUCCCGCUCAUUGUUCAGGACAUGGUCUUUAUUCACCAGAGGAACAAGGCCAUGUCGGCUGUGGUGUCCAGUCAGGGAAUCAUCAUCAUUGGUCUUGGUGUUUUGGCGCCCUGGGUCUCAUCCAACUAUACGUGGAGGUGGAUGUACUACAUCACCUCUGGUCUGGGCGUGUUGGCAUGGGCCAUCCUCAUUGCUUUCUUGCCCGAGACCCGAUGGAAUCGGUCCCAACAGGAGCUCAGUGGUCAAACCACUUAUCCUGUUAUGCCCGGCAAGAACCGACCUGAGCUCGACUACGUCAACUUUACCCCGCGCACUCUCUGGACCAACAUCGGCGUCUUCCAGAACGGGUUCGAGUUCAAGCGUGCUGCCAAGUCCAUGUUCGACGCCCUCCGAUCGACCUACUUCCCUGCCGUCAUCUGGGCUGUCCUCGUCAAUAGCUCCGGCAUCGUCAUCAACCAAGCCUCCCAACAGAUCACGCCUUUUGCGCUGCUUGCUCAGGGCUGGGAGUUCCAGUGGACCGGUCUCACAGUGCUGCCAUUCUUUGCCGCGUCGGCUCUUGUCUACGUCUUUGGCGGCCCCGUGGCUGACAAACUCUCCAACGCGGUGACGAGGUGGCAAGGUGGGAGCCGAGAACCGGAGCACCACCUCGUCAACAUGAUUCUUCCACUCGUCUCUGGCGUUGCGGGCUGUUUUCUCUUUGGAACGGCCGGUGAGGAGAACUUGCACUGGGCCGUUCUCCUCGUUGGAUCGUUCCUGAUCGUCUUCGCCUUCUUGACGAUGAUGACCAUCCUCAGCGUCUUCAUCGUUGAGAGCUAUCCCCAGUGGGCAGGACCCGUGCUUGUAAAUGUCUCCUCGCUGCGCAUCGUCAUUGCCUUCUUCGUCGCCUCCAAGGCCACCGUCUGGAUCGCCGAGAAAGGCGCAAUUGGGACGUUUGCUCUGUACGCCGAGGCCCUCAUUCUCUUGUCUCUUGGGCUGCCAGUGCUCUACUUCUGGGGCAAGAGGCUGCGGCAAUGGACCGCGGGAAGCGUCAAGAGCAAGCAGAACAAGCGAAGCGAGAAGGAGAAGGCGCUUGAUGACGCAGCCUCCGUCUAA